AUGGACAAAUACUUCUUGUUGGUCUUCUCCCUCCUCUGCUUCUUUGAGGCAGUGACAUCCCUGAGGUGUAUCACGUGCCAUCUUCGCACAAAGACAGAUCGCUGUAGAAGAGGCUUCCGUGUUUGUGUUGCUCAGAAGAAUGAGACGUGCAUGAUGUUAAAGAUUUACAGGGAUUCUAUUCUCCAGUUAUCAUAUUUGGUGUGUCAGAAAUUCUGCAGAGACUUGACAUUUCAUCUCAACAAUCAGACUUAUGUUCACAAAUGCUGCAACCAUAAUUACUGCAACUUCCAAAUCUAA